AUGGGAACCUUUAUCGGUCACGUGUACCCAGGGCUGUUUCUACUCUCAUAUGGACUGUAUCAAGCGGUAGUGGUCUCCAAAGCUGUGAUAUUCAGUGACUCUUUCCUGUAUCCUUCAUCCCCUCCCAGGAAUAAGGGGAGAUGGGCCAGGCUGUGGAAAAUGUCCUACGGUGGUUUGCUGAAGACGCUGGCUGGCUCUGGCUUGAUAGUGUACGAGAUCAGCUGCGUGAAGAGAGGGCUGAUACUGAUGAACAGGGAGCUGCCACCGAGAUUUAUGUACGGCAAAGAGUGGCAGCACCUCACCAUGUUCAUCCUUCUCACCCUCAAUGGCUGUGUAGAGGUCAUGAGCAAGAACUUGCUGCCUCAGCGCUGUGUGUCCCUAGAAAAAGGGACCCUGGUGCUGACUUUCUAUGUGCUCCUGCUGUUGUUGGUGUCACAUGUUCAGGACUCAGCAGGAGUGGAGCUACAGGUUCACUCUCUGCUCAUCUUGGUGGUGUUGCUGCUGAUGCUGGUGUUGACCGUACAGCUGUGGGCUCCUGACACAUUUCAACUCUCGGUGAUUGAGACCUUUCUGUUUCAGAUCAUGGGCUCCUGGCUGGUACAGGCUGGCUUCAUUCUGUACAAACCAGUCACUGGCUACCCGUGGCAGGACGAUGACAUCAAUGACAUCAUGUUUGUCACCACCUUCUUCUGCUGGCAUGUGAUGAUCAAUGCUUUGUGCCUGUUGGGAAUCUACGGCGUCUCUUACUUUUGGCAUUGUUGUUACCGUCCCAGCUGGAAGCUGACGGGGUCCAGAGAAGCUCCAUGUUACACGAGCACCGCGGGACCCCUCUACAAAUUGCUGCAGGAAGUGGAGCAGGCAGAGAAAGAUGACCAGGCUCUCCUUUCAAAGAGCUCACCCUGAGACAGGGCGUGGAAUGCCUGGUUCCCUGUCCACCCCAUCUGUGUCCUUGUGGGUUCUCUCAGACAUGUGCAUUGUGCCCUCCUUGGUCCCCAGUAAAGUUAACGGCUGUGAAGGCGAGCAGCUGGUCUCCCUCUGCUGGCACAUCUCCUGUCCCCGAACCUCUGACCGCUGAGGAGACAAGAAGGGGAUGCUAAUGGGAUUGCUGGG